GCCCCGCGCGGCCAGCUUUGGGCGGUAGAAGCGAGGCCCUCACGUGGUAGCUCCGGCGUGGGUCCCGUUGUCGCUCCGGGGUCGGUCCCGUUGUCGCUGUCAGUCCCCGCGAGGUUCCCAUCCGGGACUGACCGCCGGGAGAGUUCCCGACUCGGGGACUGCCCUCUGACCAGUCCGCUGCCCCUCACGGCGCGGCCUGCGUGAGUUCCUCACCUGGGGUGGCCUAUAGGUGAGUCCCCUCCCGGCCGACCUUCCGCCCCAAUCGCGGCUCCUACCGGGUGACCACGUCCCUCCAGGUGCCGAAAUGGCAGCUGUUUAUUCUGGCAUUUCUUUGAAACUUAAAAGCAAGACAACGUCCUGGGAAGAUAAACUAAAACUAGCUCACUUUGCUUGGAUUUCCCACCAGUGUCUUCUUCCAAAUAAAGAACAAGUAUUGCUUGAUUGGGCAAGGCAGUCGUUGGUUGCAUUUUAUAAGAAAAAACUUGAACUGAAGGAAGACAUUGUUGAAAGGCUUUGGAUCUAUGUAGAUAACAUUCUACAUAGCAGAAAACUGCAGAACCUCCUCAAGAAUGGAAAGACAGUUAACCUUCAGAUUUCCCUCAUCAAGAUCAUCAAUGAGAGGAUAGCCGAGUUCUCUCUUUUGGGAUCCCAGAGGAACAUCUGUGUUGUGCUGAGCUGCUGCCAGAGUAUCCUCUCGACACCUGCACUUGCUGUCAUCUACACGGCCAGGCAGGAGCUGAUAGUUGACCUGCUGAGCCAGCUCUGCUGGUUGGCCUGUCGGCAGCCAGGAGCCAUAAUACCCCAGUUGUUUGAAGUCAUUCACCUGAGCCUCAGCCACUACCUCUCACUUCAGCAGCAGCAGGUCAACCCGAGACGCGCCUUUGGGGAGGUGACUGGGCAUCUGCUCCAGCCGUGCCUGGUCUUGAGACACUUUCUCUUGGGGGGCACAUGGACUCAGGCUGGCCAGGGCCAGCUGCGGCCAGCGCUAGGCCGGGAUAUUAGGAAUCAGAUUGAGGCUGUGCUUCAAGGUGGAGCUUUUCAACCCGAGCUGCUCCCUUCAUACAAAGAGGAGCUCUUGGAUCAGCAGCAAGGCGACUCAAAGAUAGGGGCCAUGAAGAAUCUUCUAGCUCCCCUGGGCACUAUGAUUGCCAGGCUGGUGGAUGCUGGCUACUGUGACCCGUCCCUUCAGGCUUCAGUGGUGGCCAACUCCGUGGCCUUGCUAUACAAACUCUUUGUUGAGUCUUACCUCAAGGAGGGGAACCAGCUGCUUUGCUUCAAGGUGCUCCCUCAACUUUUUGGCUGCUUAAGAAUUUCACACCUGGAGGAGCAGAGGCAAGCCCUGUCCGUGUCCGAUUGGACCACAGAACUCCUGGUUGUGGAACAGUUUCUAAACUCAGUGGCCAGUAACACUAUCUACAACAUCGCUGCUGACCGAAUCCGGCAUGGUGAGGCUCAGUUCCACUUUUACCGUCGUCUGGCUGAGUUGCUGCUAAAACAUCCACAGGCCCUCGUGCCGGCCUGGUUCCGCUGCCUCAAGGUUUUGCUCUCCCUGAAUCAUUUGAUCCUGGAGCCAGACCUGGAUGACCUGUUGGCUUCAGCAUGGAUCGAUGCAGAAGUCACAGAGUUGCGGACCCAGAAAGCCCAGGAGGCACUGAUCCACACGCUCUUUCAGACAUAUGCCAAACUCCGGCAGGUACCCCGGCUGUUCGAGGAGGUGCUGGGGGUGCUCUGUCGCCCCGCAGCCGAGGCACUGAGGCUGCCAGUGCUGACUGCUGGCCCUGCUGCGGUGCUCCAAGAGUGCCUCCCGGAGCUGCCCUUGAGCCAGGUCCUGGACACGUGGGCCCUCGUGCAGGAGCGGUUCCAGUCUCUGAUCUUGUCUGGCUUGAGGGGUGACGAGGACAUGGCCCUGAAGUCCCUGUCACUGAGCUCGCUGCUGUGCUGUGUCAUGGUCAACAUGCGGAGCCUGGAUGCUGGCUCACCCCUGCCCGUUGUCAGGCGCACGCGGCAGGCCAUGGACAGGAUGCUGCAGGGCCUUGUGAAGCCCCUGCUGGACCUCCUUCGCAAGCCCUGGCCCUCAACGCCUGAGCUCUGGCAGCAGAAGGUCGGUGACUCUGCGCUUCUGCUUGCCCACACCUGGGCCCAGGUGGACACCGUGCUGCGCUUGAGCUGUAGCCCAUACCGCUCUGAGCCCGGGACCUUGGCGGGCACCACCCCAGAGCCCUCAGGCCCCCUUCCGCUGCUCCCGGGCGUGGAGGCCAAGCAUUGGGAGGAGAUAGAGGAGUUCACGGUUCAGUCCGACUCCCUCGGUCGGUACUGCUUGGAGCAGCUCCACCUGCAGAGAAUGAAGAACACCUUACUGCAAGCCAGUUUCCAGUCUGAAGAAGCCCUCUGUGCUCUGAGGCGUGAUGCCACCUACAUCCUGGGCUCUGGGAGAGUGAGUGUGACCCGGGGGACGUUGGCUUCCUGGGAUGGCCAGGUCGGGACAGUGAGUGCGCUCACCUACCCCAUUGCCCACUGGCACUUGGUCAUGUCCAAUCUCAUGAUUUUAAUAUCAUAUCUUGGUCCAGAUGACCUAGAGUACCUGGCCAGCAUCUUGCUGAGAACUUUACCAGUGAGAAAAGCCCAGGAAGGCUUAGCGGAGGAGGAACCAGAUAUCACACUCGGAAAGAUCUCCCAGGCCGUCCUCCACAGCCCUCUCUUCCCCGAAAUGCAGUCCCUCCACUCCGCAUUCUUCCUGGGCUUGACCGCACGCUGCGGCAACAUCCUGUGUGCCGCUGCGCAGAGGGAGACAGCUCUUCUCCGCCAGCAGCUGCCCUGGCUCUUUGAAGAGGAUUACAUGGUCAUGGCUCACUGGGAAAACAGAUUUGCCAAAGUUGGAUCUGAAGGUGUAGAGCCAAGAGAAGAAAUUGCCCAAAACAUACUCUCGUUGGUCAGGGGUGACUCCCCCAUUCAGCUGGAGGGGGAGCAGUUGGAGAGCAUCCUGCAGCUUUUGGGAGUUCUUUCUGCUCUACAGCUGGACAGCCUCCUGGCACCCUAUCAUGUGCAUUGUUUUCUUCUGUUACUGUCUGUGGCCGUCACCCCGCCAGGCAGCUCUUGCUCCUCCUCCCUGACCCUCAGGUUUUUGAGGACGUGCUACCAGCUUCUCGGUUGCCUGCAGAGAGGCAAGAGUGCCCAGGCUGUGCUCAGGGUCAUGUAUGUUAGCGAUAUCUUUGAGGUCACGCUAACCUCCUUGUUCAGAGCCAGUAGGAGGUUUCUUGUGAGUGUGAAUGACCCCUCUUGGCUGGAAUUCCUCCAGGUGGUGGGAACGUUCUUAGAACAGCUCCUGCAGAUGCUUAUCCAGAGAAAGCCCAGUCUGGGGCUCAAUUUUGGGAAAAUCCUUGCCUUCCUCUCAGGGCACCAACUACACAAUGAAGUGACUUCAGGCAAACGGUCAGAAAAUCAGAUUCCUCUGGGACAGCAGCUCAUGCUGGUGUCCUUAACUAAGGUGUGCCAAGUGUUGGGGCCUUUAGUCAAGGAGCAGAAGCAGCAGGACGAGGCCCCGGAAGUGCUGCCGAAGCUGUUGAAGGAGGUGGUGCUGCAGGCGGGGGCCCUGCUCCAGCACUGCAUGGCCCCUGGGGCCCAGGGCCGCCUCCCGCCCGCUGUCAUCUCGUCCGUGGGCUCACUCUUGGAGGCCAAUGUGGCCCUGCGCUCCAGGCACAAUUGGACAGAUGUUUCGAAAGGGACAGACAAAGCGCUGUCCGCCUACACCACCCUCUACCAGACCAUCUAUGCUCAGAUCCUGUUGGAAUUGCCAGCCCUAGUGGGAGAUCCCCCAUCUUUCCAGGCAGCCGUGCAAUUUUUAACUCUGUUCUUUUUGGUCCCAGAACUACAUCCUCAGAAGGAUUCUGUGUGUACCUCCGUGUUUCAUUCUGUGAGAAAAGUCCUUGCAGAUCCCGUGAUUCCGGUUCAGGUAGUUGAGGAGAUUGAGCCUCACUUGGGAACCUUGUUCACCCAAAUGUUAGAGUCUGGGACGACAGAGGACUUCCGCAUGUGGCUGCAGUGUAUCCUCCAGGGACUGGACGUCAGUAACCUGUGGAGAGCAGAUCUGCAGGCUGUGUUGUCGGCUGCCACAUUGGUUAAGUUACUCCUGAACUGUCCAUGCAGCGAAGAGAAGGCCAGUUUAUUCUGGCGCAUGUGCCCACAGAUGGUCACGGCUCUGAUGCUGCAGACCCGAGAGGCUUGUCAGGAGCAGCCCUCAGCCCUGGCUCUGGUGGGGCCUGUCUUGGACGUCCUGGCUGUGCUGCUGCGGCAGGGGGAAGGGACCAUCAGCAACCCACACCAUGUCAGCCUGGCCUUCAGCGUCCUGCUGACCGUGCCCUUGGACCACCUGAAGCCCCUUGAGUAUGGGCGUAUCUUCUCGAGGGCACACAACGUGCUCUUUUCAAUCCUGCAGUGUCACCCGAAGGUAAUGCUGAAAACCAUCCCUUCUUUCCUGAACUGUUUUCAUAGAUUGUUGUGUUCAAUUAUACGGGAAGGACGGCAGAAAGAUAAAGGAAGUGCAGAGGACCUGCCGGUGGUGCUGGAGUGUGCCCGCCUCGUGGAAAGGAUGUACAGCCACAUGGCAGCGCGGGCCGAGGAGUUCCGGGUGUUUUCCCCCUUCAUGGUGGCCCAGUAUGUGGUGGAGGCACAGAAGGUCACUUUGUAUCCAGCGGUGAAAGUCCUCCUGCAAGAGGGUAUCUACCUCAUCUUGGACCUGUGCAUUGAGUCCGACAUCCAGUUCCUGCGGGCCUCACUGCAACUGGGGGUGAGAGACGUCUUCAAGGAGCUGCACAGCGACUAUGUGAAGCACCACAAGGCCAAGCGCGAGGGAGAGAAAAGAUACGCUGUCUAAGCUGCUCCAGGACAUGCCACCAUGGCCCUGGGCCCGGGCGAGCUGGAGGAUGUCGGGCUUCAGAUGCUUGAAUUCACAGCAUUGAAAUAUGUGCAAAAUCCUUUGGGGUUUAUAUAAUAUGUAUUGCCUUUUACACUGAUUUUUUUCACACCAAAUAUUUUCUAACGUAUUUUUUUAAUGCAGUAAACAUUACAAUGCUGCUGCUGCUGCUAA